AAAGCUCAACGCUGAAGCGAUAGAAAUAAACAGAAGAGCAGAGCUGAUACUCCAUGAUUUCAACCUGAUCUGGAAUAACCACAAAAUAUGUGUGAUUGCCUGAAUUGCAUUUACCUCUAUGCAUUAUUUAGUAAAGAACCUGUGACAUUUAAAAGUCGAAGGUAGUACGAUGUUGUCCUUCAUCACUUCGCUUAUUCCGACUACCUACUUCCUACCAGGGUGGUUGUUUCUGGAAAUAAAUCCCCUGGAUAGUUUGCUUAAAGGACUGGUAGGAGCAUGUGGGAUCUCUGUGCUGUGCUCCCUAAUAAAACUGCACUUAUUUCUAGAAGAGCAGAGUUGGAGUGAUACAAAUGAUAAAGACACAUCCCGCCAGAGGACACCCAGUCAUCAAAGCAGAACUAACACUGGGCUUUUUGGGAUGCUCCACUUUGUCUUUGUGACCGGGAUGCUGGCUGCAGUGGGCUCCCGUGUUGCUUCCCUGGUGGUACUAGAGUUUUGUCUUCGAGCUGUCUCUGGAUUGGUUACAGCGGGACCAGAGUCCAGGACGUUUCUGCAGCAGCUGUUAGUUCAGAGCCAGUUCUCUCUCGGCUGUGCCCUCAGCUGCAGUCUGCACUUUCUCCACGAGGGGGCGUCCCAGCGCUGGCUAUGCCUGCUCCUGGCAGCAGCACUCAGCUGGUUCCUGGCUCGGCAGGCCACACGGCUGCUGCACCAUGCCAUGGCUCUGUAUAAACUCCACAGCUCACAGCGCUACUGCGGCAUUUGCAUCGGCCUCCUCACAUCAGGCCGCUGCCUGCUGCCCAUGCUGUGCAGGGCCAUGAUCAUUACUUUCUCUGUGGCUGUGGUGGCCGCCAUAUCAAUCAUCAAUCAACACUUUCUCUCUGCAACAGAGGCCAUGAGGUUUUGGACGCCACUGAUUAUCUGCUACACACUGUUGCUUGUGUACAUGCAGGAGGAGCAGCGGCGUCUGCCCAGCAGCCAGGCUGUCCUGAACACGGUGGCGGUGCGUCUCGGUGGUUUGAUGGUCCUGAUGCUGACUGUUGGACGUUGGGCUGACGUGCUCCACAUCCUAAUGUGCUUCCUGGGUGAGGCCAGCUGUCUGAUCCCCACUAAGGAUCUGCUGGAUGCGGCAUCCUCGCAGGAGGAAGAGGAUUACACAGACUACGUAAAACAAGAGCAUCGACGAAGACCACAGACACAAGAGAAGGAGCACCAGAGAUAGGGAUUCUGACAUAAUGGCACAAAAAUGAAUGCAAUGAAUGUAAUAUUUUUUUAUUAAAAAGUCCAAGGAGCAUAUCACCGUGAUUUGGAAAUUAAAUCUUUUAAAAAUAAAUACCAAACAACCAUUGCAUAUAUAUGUGGAAUAGUAAUGUUACCCACAGUAGCCCACAUAAAUCUUAUAAUUUUGCAUCUUUUCAAACUUUGCCUCA